GCCAGGCCACGUGGAUACUUACGUCAGCUAAUGUUUUGGUUUUCAGGUCUGUCUGCUCAGAGAGAGGUAAACAUCAACGACUGAAAGUUGUCAGAUCUCGGCGAAUUUGCGGCAAAAUCGGACCAGUUUUGCCGCUUAAAGAAUGGGUCGUAUAUUUCUGAACCACAUUGGAGGGACUCGCCUCUUCUCCUGUGCCAGCUGUGAAACACCCCUCACCAACAGAGCAGAGUUGAUAUCUACAAGGUUUACAGGUGCAACUGGACGAGCAUUCCUGUUCAACAGAGUGGUGAAUCUGAACUACAGUGAAGUGCAGGAUCGUGUCAUGCUGACUGGGCGCCACAUGGUCCGGGAUGUAUCAUGCAAAAACUGUGACGCCAAACUUGGAUGGAUCUAUGAGUUUGCAACAGAGGAGAACCAGCGCUAUAAGGAGGGGCGUGUCAUUCUUGAACGUGCUCUUGUCACGGAAAGCGAGGGAUUCGAGGAACACGUUGGCAGUGACAGCUGAGCUGAUGCUACAGUGAUGACUCUAUUAUCCGUCGUUGUGGUAACCUGUUGUCAAGGUGACUAGUCGUCAUGGUAAUCCACUGCCACUCAGGGAAGAAGCAAGCCACCGAAUGGGUACUUUGUUACCACUGUCAAUUCCAUCCAUCAGUAUUUCUAAACAAUGCCAGGAUUAGCUACCUACACCUGUAGGUCUUUCAGCAUUGAACAAAUAUCAAUCCUAUCAGAAGAAUAGUGUCAUUGGAUUGGGACAUAAGUUGGAUGUAAAGAGACUGUUUUUGUAUUGUUGAAGAAAGAGUUUAUCUAAGGCUGUAGACUGAGGAGAAGAUUAAUGACUGACACGUUUUCACAUGGUAGUUUUAUAUACAACUUUUAGAAACUGUGAUCAUUACUUUGUUUGAUGUAUGUUAAGAUUAUUCACUACAUAAUAGUAUUUCAAAUUGAAGGUCAUUUUGUGCGAAAAUGUAGCAUACGGCUAUCAGGCUUUCUUUGAUCUACUGCUUUGAAAAGUCCUAAUGGAGUACGAUCAUAAGAGACAGUCCACAAGAUAUGUGACAUUGUCUGGUCCACGUUCAGUGAAAGUGGUAUGAGUUUCCGGACAGUUCAAGUAUGAAAUCCUUCAUGUAGUUGUAUUUCAGAUGUGGCACUGAUGGCUCUCCUUAUGACAAAUUGUGUGAGAUGACAACCUGAGCAGGAACCCCGUAAAUGAAUGAUAUUUGUUUGUGACACUAUCUCAGGAUAACUCAUAUGUUCAUAGUAAGGUCCAGAUAAACAUUAAGAUAUAAGAAAACUCAGUACACAUACAUGUUAAUGUCAAAGAGAUAGAAAAUGUGCCAGCAAAACCUCUCUGUUUUAUGUCUAUACACCUGGAAAAAUACUAAGCCCUCCCCUUCCUCACCCCAUCCUAUUAAUUAUCUGAUGGGAUACAUUUGUGUUU